UGUCAGUACCUUUUUUUUCCGUUUUGUACGGUGUUCGUGUAUGUGCGUUGCCAAAAGAGAUGUGCUGGGAACAAAGAAUCCGAUCGUUCAGUCAGUCGACCAGCAAAAGUGGAACUAUUUGGGUAGUGCUCUAAUCGUGAUAUAAAGUUACAAUUCCUCCAAACUACUACAUGAUUAGUAUGUUUUCAUACUCUGCAAUCUGUAGGCUUUUUCAGUGGGAGGAACCACUUUUGGAUAGUUCAGUCAUUUCUAGAUGAUUCAGGUGAUGAGGAAUUGAAGGUCGUCUAUGGAACAAAAAAGUGCUAAUGUGAAAAGUUGUGAUACCGUAAAAAUAUACCCCCCCAUCGAACAGAAUUAGAAAGUUACCACUUUGGGGUAUGAAGCAUUCCAGUGAAGAAUUUUUCAUUGACGCGUAGAACCCGGAUUGACGAAUUGGUUGAGAUGAAAAUCUGCCUGCUUGGCCCUUUUUUGCCCCACACCGAGUGAAAAGAGAUUGAGUGGAAAGUUUCCGAUACAUAAAACAAGCGAGCAAGAGAAGGCAAGCAACUGCAGCUAAGCAGGCAAACAUCGAACAGCUGAGAAGCCUUGAAAUUUUAUUCGUCAAUGUGCUGAAAGCAAAAACAAAAACGAAGAAGGGGAAGAAGUGAAACAGUAAACAGUGAUCAGGAUAAAAUCGACCGAGUCGUGCAAGGAAGAAGAAGACUAACCUAGCCAAGAUGUGGUGGGCCACGUUUGGGGAGAUAGUUAAGAAGAAAGUUAGCCGUUUCCUGCUGGAACGCUACCUGGGGCACUAUGUUGAGGAUCGGAUUAGCGUCCAGCAACUGGAGGUUGAGAUCAUCAAUGGCACCGGGACGAUAUCAGAUGUUAAACUCUCCUGUCAGGCAUUGAACGAGCUAUGUGAGAAACAAUCGUUGGGUAUCCAGGUGACCCAGGGACACAUCGGAUCAGUGUCCAUUUGCAUUCCUUAUGACUCAAUAUUCACCAAGGAUAGCUCUGUGGAGCUAUCGAAUCUGUCGAUCACAAUCAGACCAAAACCACGGGAUACGGAUGGAAAGUCGAUGCUCGAAUCGAUGUGGUCUUCCAUGUCAAACUCGAUCCAGUUGGCCGAAGAGUGCAUGCAAAAAGAAGAAAUUCCUGCCGUCAGCCGCAUUGAGGGAAUUGAAAAAUUCGCACAAAUUAUCGACAACGUGCUGAACCGGGUCAAAGCCAGACUGAUCAAUACAACACUACGUAUUGAAUACUUGCCACCGGAUAGCGAUUGUGGAAUCGCAUUGAUCGUCAAAAUCGAUAGCAUUGGAUAUAACAAUGAAGCCGUUAACGAUGCUCCAAAACAACGUCAACCGGAAGCGGAUGAUGAGCAAAAUCAGCAGCAGCAGCAGCAACAGCAACAACAGGCAAAUCGGAAAUCCUUGCCCUCGGCCAACUACGAUACACAUAACAUCUCUAUGGAAGGUAUCACAUUUUACACGGAAGAAUUCCGGAUACAUGACCCUCGCCGGCAACAGCAAAAACAACGACGCAAGCAAGAGUUCUAUGACAAUCCUGGAAGCUCGGUAUAUAGUGAGCAGUUCCUCAGCACAAUGUCAGAAUUGCCUGAUUUGACCACAGGAGGAGGAGGAGGAGGAGGAGCAUUCGGGGGGAGCAACGAAUACUACAGUCAAACAAACGAUUGUGAUAAUAGCAGUAAUAGUAAUAUAUAUAAACAAAGUUGCAGUGGAAGCACAACCGAAACGGAGGACGAAGAAGAUGAGGAACAGACGCAAUUUCGCUCCGGCGAGAUACUGGCCGGUAGAAUAACCUCCAACCAGGAUAUAAGGGUUAAAAUGAAGCAAUCGGAUAAUUUAGCUGGUCCCAAUGUGGAAUUCGAAAUAUCGCUAGGAUGCCUACAAUUGUUCCUGUCGCCAAGACAGCUGCACUUAAUCAUUUUAAUGAGUGAUACUUUCCUGGGAGUCAAUGAAAUUCCCGUGCAAAACAAAAGCUCUCCGUACGAUUUACACCCUCAAGUGCAACGAGGCGAUAUGGCUGAUUUCGAAUUCAAGCAUAACGUAAGUCGCAUGACUGGCGGCGUUGGGAUGGACCAGGGAUGGUCUCUGGCGGAUCCGAUGCAGACAAUACAGGAGCAGGCCGAAUUUUUGGAGAGCGACUUUCGGGAAGAGGAGAUGGCUUCGGUGGAAUCCUCCAAUAGUUCUAUGACAAGCUCGUUCGCGACGACUAGUUCAGGUUCGCGGGCAACCUCCACUAGCAAGAGGCGAACGAUAAACCCGGAUGCCGACGCAGAUAUCUCCAAAUUUAACGUACGAAUUUCCGCACUUGCAUUUGUUUUGUUGCACGAAGAGCUACUGGUAGAGAGCAGUCACAUAACGGCGAACGAGUCUCCUCUGAACCGAGCGAGUGUACAACAUUUGAUGCUGAAGGCUGAACGAUUUUUCCGCUCAGUGGGCAAUUUAGACAUAGGACACAGCGAAAAAGAUGUUCUGAACGCAGGAAUGAUAAUGGAUUCUGGUUGUGACAAUAGCCGCCUAAGAUUGAUUUUGGCGCCUGUCGUUCUGGACGGAGAACAGCAGCGUAAUCGCCUAGGACAUCUGUUAAGAUUUUCCGCCUCAGUGGCCUGUGCGGAUCUUCGCGAAGUCAUGCCCGAUAUAUCGAUACCACUAGUGGAAUUCUCCCGCGAAAACAGCUCAAAUGCGACAUUGUCGAAACCGACGGAAAUAGUGAUGGAUUUCAAACAAACAUGUAACGCUUUAAAGGAAACCAAGGGCUUACGGUUCGCUCCCCCCAAAACGGAAAUUCGUUUUUCACUCGCCCCAUUCGUCACCGAGUUCGAUGUCGCAAUACAGGAUCGUUUGAGUGCAUUAUUGUACCAAUGUCCAUUCGCCGACUAUCGUACCCCGGUGAACUCCCCCGCCACACCACCGAAAGUGGCAAUCAAUCGAAGGAUGGAACCCAAAACUGAAAUCUACUUCGAUUCGUCUUCCAUCGAUUUUCGGUUAAGAUUCCCGAUACCAGAUUUAAGGCCCAUUCAUGACACACAACGUGUUCCCUGGUGGCGCCGGAACGUUAGGCCGGAUUUCCUGCUCGUGAAACUCCAGCAGGCUCGUGCCACUAUAUGCUUAACUCCACAUCCUCUCUACGACAUCUCGGCGAAUGAGAUCGAGCUUUUCUACCACGAAAGUGAACUGAAGAGCGACAGUGUAAAUAUUGGCAAAGCUGUGAUGACAGAUAAUCUAGGCACUACGUUUAGUUUUAGAAAUAAUGAGCCUCCGCAGGAAAAAUCAGGAGUAGAAUAUCCAAGAAUAAUAAUCGAACUCCCGAGUGAGGCUGCGAUUGAAAAGAUAAUGGAUGCGAAAAUCGAGGAAGCUGUGGAUUUGCAGAAUCAAACCAACCACGAGGAAAGUGAUAGUGAAAAUACGUCUGGCGAAAGCUUUACUAUCCGGCCGGGGAAAAGUAGAGAGGAAACUCCGUUUAGUGCGAAACGGGUGUGCAGGGAAAGUGACACACCGCACGUAAGUGCAUCAACUGGUGAUUCGGGAGUGCACAUUCUACCCGGCGAUUCGGAGGAUUUGAACGUGUUUUGUGAAGCAGCCAUGAAACAAAGCAAAAUGCGGAUUCAAUUUGAAUUUCCCGUUGUAAGCAUGCAAUUGAGGUCAAAACAUUUGUAUGAGAUCAUCUAUAAUCGCAUCACUACAGAUUUACUUCUGUGGGAACCAAGUGCGCCAGCAGCUACCGCAGCUGCAGAAGCGAGCGCCCAUCUCAGUGCUUCGAAGAUGGCAUUUCAGGAGUCCUCGAUUGAUCUGGCCAAUAUGGGCAUGACGGAUAGUAUAUACACUCCUUUCAUCAUGUGUCAGAGUGUGGUACAGUUGGAUUCCAGCUCAUCGGUAACCAAUUCGGAAUCAGAGUCAGAUUCCGAUGGAAUAUUCUAUUCUAUCUAUGAACGAAGCAAUAAAUGCUCUCCGGGUGACAGUGAUAAUCAACGACAGCAUCCGAAAUUGAGUAGUACUCCGCGCCAGAAACAGCUGCACAGGAAGGCAUCUUUCAUUGAUAGGAGUAAUGCUAUAGCGUUCCAGCUGAACAUUGGACAGGGAAUACUCACGAUGUUUGCCCCCGUUCGGGAUGCCCAAAAUCACGUAAUACCGGGUCAACUGGGAGAGUUUACCGUUAAACUACAAUCUACGUAUCUUUUCUCUGUAAACGGAUUUCAUGGGAAUAAAAAUUUAGGAUAUCUUUGCAUCUUAGGCAAAGCUGCUGAAAUAUAUCACUGUGGUCUGAUUCCAACACCAGUCGGCAAUCCGCCUCUACGCUUGGUCAGCAGUGUUUUACCGUCAUACUUAUGCAGUACGCUAUAUUCUACUCCGGAAAAGCUAACCCUCAAUGAACAGCAAGGCUGCCCCAAUCGUGAGAUGUUUUCACUGGUGAUCCAAAUCAAAGCCCUACCAGAGCACAACGUCAAAAGAAUUCGGAUGGCGGCAGGAAUUCAACUUACCACCCUGAGACACCACACCACCUUGCCGCAGCAUUGGUGGUUGACUCAGUUGCGGGACAUGUUCGAUGUGUCGGACUACCCCGUGCCUGGGUAUACUCCCCUGGGGGUUGCCACGGAAAUGCAUCUUCAUCUUUGGGACUGUGCAAUAGACUAUCGUCCGCUAUAUUUCCCGUACCGGGCGGUGAUUUCGAUUGGUUCGUACAUGAUUAGCAGCAAUAUAACGACUGAAAACUCGGGCCUCACAUUGAAGUUCAUUGCGGAAGAAGCUGCGCUCUGCCUCGCGCCGCAAAACGUUUCUCCGCCGAAUGUGAAACACGACAAAGAACAGCAGAGUCGAAGAUCUAGCUUUAGCUUCUUUAACGAUGAUAAUAAGGUGACCGCACUGCCUUCUACCGAGUUAGUUUGCCUCGUUGAAGUAGGUUUAUUUGAAAUAUCUCUGCAACUUCAAGAGAAAGCUACCAGCUCUCUCCCUAAGUUUGACCUGAGAACUACCAUGACCGAUGUUCAUUUACGAUCUUGCGCAGAUUCUGGUCAAGCGCUUGCGUUGUUGAUUGGCUAUCUUGCAGCGGAAGGGGACCUAAUUUCCCAAGAUGAUGGUGCUAGUAGUAUAGGUGACGAUGAGAGUAACAAGGGUUUGCCUUUCGGUCAUGAGCAUGAGGAAGAGUUGCUAUCACUGAAAAAAGGCAGUCAAACUCCCGGGGUGACUCCGAAACAACAACAGCUAGUAAACACAUUGAUCACGGAAGCAAUGGAGGAAAGUAUUUCUGUGCAAAGCGAUGUGAGUGAUUCUUCUCGAGACGAUCAGUUGCUAGCGGACGGAGAAGGUGUCGAAGUGUUUUUCUUCCCCGAUGAAGAUCAAAGCGCAGCGGCGAGGAAAAUGUUGAUGAACAAUUUGAUCUCAGAUAACAGUAAUAAACGACGCUUCACAUCGGAUGAUGACUCUCUGAGUAUAGACGAAGGAUCUAGUGUCCCUUCGUCGUAUCAGGACGAUGAUCAUUAUCUCAAACAAAAGACGUUCGAUAAGAGCUCGGAGGAUGGGAUUAGCACAAACACGGAAAUGAGAGAUCUACUGAACUUUGAAUGUUCGGUGAUGGGUUUACAGCAGGAAAAAGAUGAUGACGAUGAAGCAGUGGAAGCACUACCACAGGUUACAAUGGAUCUCGGCGAUGUCAACAGGGCCGAUUGCAGCACUCCCAAGCCUUUGGCCAAGUUUCAGAAAAAUCCAAACCAGAAUCUUAGCUCCGAUACGGACGACGAAUUUUGCUUUAUCGUCGACGAGGAACGUCCGCAUCGUGGCAAUCAAGAGGUGCCACUGCUGGAGGAUUCCUUCCGAGUGAUCGAUAAUCAUUAUAGCGUUCCCAUAGAGAAAACAGAUUUGCUGGCAGCACCGAAAGGUUUUCCCACGGCCAUUACCCGGUACGCCAUUUGUGAGAUGUCUGUCACUUGGCACAUGUAUGGUGGACAUGAUUUCGGCACUGAUGAAGACAAAAAGAAGCAUAAGUAUAGAAAGUCGCAUCCAGAGCACAGUGAUUUACAUUUACCGAUGACCGAGGCGUACAAAAGUGGAGUCAGCUAUUCGAAGGGCUCACCGUCUGUGACAUUCGGUCGCCCACGUGUUCAUCAGUUGUCCUGGAAGAAUCGAGGCGGGCCCCAACGGCGACAUGACAUUAUGAUGGAAAUUCAAAUCAACAAAGUCAAAUUUUCACACGAGGUAUACCCACCAAACACGGAGCAGGCCUCCAGACAGGUACUCGUGGUGUCCGAGUUCGAAAUUUGGGAUCGGUUAGCUGUGUCCGACAUCAAAAAGUUUCUGUACCAUUGGAACAUCGGUCAGCGCCCGAGUAAAGCCAAUAAUCAUAUGAUAGUGAUUAAGGCACUUCAUUUGCGUCCCAAUCCCGUGUUGCCUGCACAAGAAUGUUGCCUGAGGAUAUCGCUUCUACCGAUUCGGAUGAACAUCGAUCAGGAUUCGCUUUUAUUUAUGAUUAAUUUUUUCAACCAACUUGGAGGUGGAUCUGACUUAAACGAACCGGAACAUAGCAAGCAGAUUGUUAGAGGAUCGAGCCAUAUUAUGCCUUCCGCUCAUCAGGUACCAAUAAUGACGGUUGAUCUGCCGGAAGCAGUCCAGGAGAUGCAGGCGAGAAAAAUCGUUUCCGAAAAUCUAAUGCUUCUGAUAGAGGAGAAGGAGAACAAAAGUAACGAACAGCCGGAAGCAUGUGUCGAAGGUAACGACAAUACCCCUCCUAUUUACUUCCGCACGGUAAUUUUUGAACCGGAUGUUCCGAUCCGGAUCGAUUAUCACGGAAAACGAGUGGAGCUGUCGCAUGGGCCACUAGCUGGUUUACUCAUGGGUUUGGGACAUUUGCAAUGCUCCGAUAUUCGACUGAAAAAAAUAUGCUACAAACGUGGCAUAUUAGGCGUUGAACGAUUGCUGAACUUUUUGCUGCACGAAUGGUUGAAUGAUAUAAAAAAGAAGCAGCUACCAAUGAUCCUCAGCGGUGUUGGUCCAAUGUAUUAUCUGGUGCAGCUCUUUCAAGGAAUAUACGAUCUGUUUUGGCUUCCCUUCGAACAAUAUCAGUUGGAUGGUCGUAUUGUAUGGGGAUUACAACGGGGAGCACAUAGCUUCACGGCGAGAACGGCGCUGGCCGCUUUGGAAAUUACAAUGCGAGUCAUUCAUUUGCUGCAGCUAACAGCGGAGACGGCAUAUGAUAUGGUAUCGCCUGGACCAUCGGUGCGUCGUGGUCGUGGGAUUAAGAAAGGAAAAAGGAAACGAUUACACCCCCCACAAGAUAUUCGGGAGGGGAUGAAUAAUGCCCUACAGAUUGUCAGAGAGGGUAUCUCUGAAACCGCCCACAAUUUGGUAGAGCUAACUGCCCAGGAACACGACCAGAAAGGCUAUACCGGUGCUGUCGGAGCAGUUGUGCGUCAGCUAGCGCCAAUAGCAGUGCAGCCAAUCGUGUUGGCAACGCAGGCCACCAGUAACGUGCUCGGUGGUGUGAAGAACCAGUUAGUACCGGAUGCUAGAGCGGAGGCACGCGAGAAGUACAAGGAUGACGUGGAAUAGUGAGUGAAUCAUUUAAUGGUUGAUGUUAGCAACGUUAAGGUAGAGUUUAGGUUAUAUACUUUUUUUCAUUUAUGUGACAGUGCAUAUAGAUUUUUUGUGAUUCGAUUUUAUUAUACAUUAGAUCUCGAGAAGAAAGUUUCGCUCGUAAUCUGCUAACGGUUUUCGAAGAAUUGAGAAAUCCCAGUUUAUAUAUUUCAAAUAUAUUCUCUGAAUUUACUAUUCUUUCAGGUCACUAUGAGAAAGAAACUAGAGUUAUUCAUAUUUCUAAAUCUAAAGAAACCAAUAUUAUUUUUAAUGGAUAUGUAUUUUGUAUGAAGUGAGAUAAAGUCAUGAGAGCGAAACAUUGGCUCUCACAGACAUUUAUCGUAAAGUAUGGUUUUAUAUUCGACUAGAAUGAAAUUGAGACAGAGAUUAAUGGAAGUGAGAGAGAGAGCAGAGCUAGAUUAAUAAAUAAAUAAGUAUAUUA